UCUCUCAGUGUACCUCGAAUAAGUGUAUCAUAUUUAUUCUCACCCGUUUACACCUAUUUUCACGUGAAUAAAUCCAUCUAUAGCUGUAGAUCUCCCUAAUGUAAACCCGCCAUAAGAGACGAAUGAACUCCCAGAAUUUAAAGUCUCUUGAAUCCAUCAUCAUCAUCAUCAUCAUUCACGUUGUUGAACUUGUCGGCCUGUUUCUAUUUUGAUCAUAAUCAUAACACAGCCCGAUACUGAUAAUCCUCUAUGACACCACAUCGCAGUUUGGGUCAUUCAAAGCAUAUUUUGAGCACUAUGUCCACAUAAUGACUUCAUGUGGAGUGAUUAUAUCAUAGGUAAGUAAAACACAAUCUGGUUUCAGAUCUGUAAUCGGAUCAAUAGUUGAGGCGAGGGAAGCAAACAUCAACUGGAUGAGCCAAAAAUAUGAAGAUUAGAUAAGAUAAGAAUUCUGUAACAUUUCAGUGUUGAACAUAGUCCGUGUGAGCAUUUAAGAGUGAAGACAAACUGAUGUCUCUUGCCAAGAAGUUUGGUAAUCUAGUCGGUUCCAUCGACGAAGGAACUAGCUCAGCUCGGUUCAUACUUUUCCGAGCCGAGACCACUGAAGUUGUGUGCUUCCAUCAGAAAGAAUUACGUCAGAUAUAUCCCCAGGAGGGUUGGGUCGAGCAAGAUCCGAAGGAAAUCCUUUCGGUUGUGGAAGAAUGUAUCGAGAAGACUGUCGAGAAGCUGGUGGAACUUGGCGGCAGUAUCGCGGAUAUCAUUGCAGUCGGGGUGACCAAUCAGCGGGAAACCACCAUAGUUUGGGACAAAACCACCGGUGAGCCACUUUACAAUGCGAUCGUAUGGCUUGAUAUGCGGACCUCGUCCACGGUGGAUCAGUUGCUGGACAGUGUUCCAAAUAAAACGAGAAAUAAAAAUUAUCUUAAACCACUCUGUGGACUGCCGCUAUCGCCAUAUUUUUCGGCCGUUAAAUUGCGGUGGCUGAUAGAUAACGUACCGAAGGUGAAGUCGGCUGUGAAAAAUAAGAACUGUCUAUUCGGAACAGUGGACACAUGGCUGAUUUGGAACCUUACAGGCGGUCCGAAUGGCGGAGUUCACGUAACCGAUGUGUCCAACGCAUCUCGCACGAUGUUAAUGAACAUAGAAUCGUUGCGCUAUGAUAAAACGCUGGGCAAGUUCUUCGACAUUCCGUUCGAAAUAUUACCUGAAAUCCGCUCCAGUUCGGAAGUGUACGGCACUAUAAGCUUGAAGUCAUUGGAGAACGUCCCGCUUAGUGGGUGUCUGGGCGAUCAACAGGCAGCGCUCGUAGGUCAGGAAUGUUUGAGUCGAGGUAAGGCGAAGGCCACUUACGGUACCGGUUGUUUCCUUCUGUACAACACGGGAAACGCACUGAUUGAAUCGACACAUGGCCUCAUUACAACUGUCGCCUAUCAGAUGGGACGAGAAGCACAACCAACGUAUGCCUUGGAAGGCUCAGUAGCCGUGGCAGGUGCCGCCCUUGGGUGGUUACGUGAUAAUAUGAACCUAUUGGAUAAUGCUAUAGAUUCGGAGAAACUAGCCUUGUCGGUAGAGAGCAACGGAGAUGUUUAUUUUGUACCGGCUUUCAGUGGUUUGUAUGCGCCCUACUGGAACCAGGAAGCACGUGGAGUCAUAUGCGGCAUAACGGAAGACACCCAGCGUGAGCACAUUAUUCGAGCGAGUCUGGAGGCAGUGUGCUUCCAGGUGCGCGACAUUUUGGACGCAAUGAAUAAGGAUUGUGGUUUUCCUUUGGUCAAGCUGAAAGUGGAUGGAGGAAUGACCGUUAACUCAACGUUGAUGCAGUGGCAAGCGGAUUUGAUUGGUCUGGAGGUUCAGCGACCGCUUGUUGUUGAGACAACUGCUCUGGGUGCUGCUAUGGCCGCGGGCCGCGCUGUUGGCUGCUGGGACAUCGAAAAUGUGAGCGUCGAAACCAACUGUACCUCCUUCAAGCCAGAGAUUUCCGAAGACGAGCGGGACAUGAGAUACAGCAAGUGGAAGAUGGCAGUCGAGCGCUCCUUCGGAUGGGAAGGAAAUACAAUGAUCUAAGCGUAUUUCUGGAUAACACAAAUAGUUUAUUAUUUACGCUUGCAAAAGACCAAGCAUUUACACGUGACUAAAAUGAGAUGGAGGAUAAUCAAGGAGGAAGUUUAGUGUUUCCACAGUUCUCUGUCCAUUUUUUUUCUUCGAAUAAAAUAUUUUAUGAAUUGUUAACUUAAAAUAAAAAAUAACAGUAACUGCUCAAUUCAA